AUGCCUAGUUGGCUAUUUUUCAUCGGCAUUGAUUAAUUGCCAGGAAGACCUUAGCAUUCCCUGACCUAGAAAUAGGGUUCUGAUUAUGCUCUCGAGCCAUCUAACUAGGUAGACAUUGAGUAAAUCAAAAAGUCUUACAAUGACACUGUCGAAGAAAUUAUUCCCAGUUCAGCAAGCAGAUUCUUGGCUCACAUUCAAACAGACAAAGUAGUGUACAGACCUGGAGAUAUUAUGUUCGUUCAAGCCUACUUAAUUGAUGCACUCAAUAAGACUCCUGCCUACAUCUCUAACUUCUUUUAGUACGCAAGCGCUAGUUACUACGAUCUUAGGAGAUUUCCGAUUGGCUACGUUGAGCAGUCGAUCUAUCUAUCGAUGACAAUAAUUGAUCCUUUAGGAGUAGCGGUUUACACAACUACUGCCUAUUCAGCAAAUUCCACUGUGAGUUUCACCUACAUAAUCCCAGAAAACGCCAGUGGAGGCGAGUACUAAGUCAGAGUAUCUGGAGGAGUAGUACCAGAAUCAAUCAGAGUGGUAAGGAUUAGAGAGUAUCAAAGACAGCAGCUGAAUGUUCAAGUCCAAUUUGAUGCCUAAGCUUACAAACCAGGUGAUGAUGUAAAUGGCACUAUCAGAAUUGCAACUCAAGAUGGCUCUACUUUUCCUAAUGGAGUUACUCCGAGUUAUACAAUUAGUGUUAACUUUGGCAACGAGAGUCAAUUUACUCAAGCUAAUGUACUAACUGACCAGAAUGGAUUGAGUAACUUCUACUUCUCAAUCCCUUCCAACAUAAGUCUCGACUUUAUCACUGUUGCAGUCAUUGUCUAUUACUAAGCAACUAUUGAGGCUUACUCGUUUACUUUGUCCAUUGUCUAAGUAGACAAUUUAGUUGUAGAAUUCUUCCCUGAGACAUUCAACUACGUCUACGAUACUAUAAACAAAGUUUACUUCUAAGUAUAUGCAAAUUCUGACAAAGUUGACUUUGUAGAAAUCUAGCAAGCAUAACUUCUUUUACUUCCGAAUUCAUCAAUUGAUUUGUCAAAUGCUUAAGCAGUCUAAUCUAAUAUCAAUACAGUUAACCAGGGAAGAGGUUACUUCAACUUCACACCAACUCAAGCUAAUGACUACUAUCUUAGAUUUGAAGUAAAUGGAAUAGAGGUCGUGAGACCCCUCAAUGUCUCUUAAUAGCCUGAUAUCCAAAACUUAGAAAUCAACUUUGGUAUUAUGUCAAAGGUGAUUAGCAAUGAUGAAGAUCUAGUAGUGUUAUUAUAAACUAAUUCAUUAGUCAACCCCUCUGACCUAUAUGUCGUUGGUGUAUUCAAUAAGGAGAAGAUCCUUUACCUCGAAGAGUACUAGUUCACAUAGCUAUAAACUAAUGAAAUCAUAAUCAAUGCUUCUGAGUUUAGCCUUCCCAAUGGCGGAGUAUUAAGAGUAGCAGUCUUUAAAGUAAUCAAUGCACUAAUCUGGUAUGAUCGCUAUGACUUUAACGCUAAGAACAUCUCCACUAGGAAUAUGCUGCCAAAUCCAUUCUAUGACAUUUAUUUCAUUCCCAAGGGAGAACUAUUAUUCUUUAAAAAUCCCUCUGAGACCCUCAUGGUUGAAAUCACUACUAGCAAGCAAGUUUACAAGCCAGGCGAAUUUGUUGAGUUCCAAGUGCAAGUUCUUGACAGAGACACUAGAUAGCCAGUCUACAAAAGAAACUCGUAUGAAAGAAGCUUCAUCUCAGUGACAGUCACUGACAACUCAGUGUUUAGCCAAAUUUAAAGGAGAUAACAGCCACCUUCUCUUCCCACUAUGGUCUAUUUGGAAAACGAGGUCAACAAAACUAACAAUGAGUUCUUCAACUCUGACUAGUAUAUUGAUUACAUGUACAUAGACAACUACAGUGCUAAUGAGACAAGCAUUCAAGAUGACUUGAACCAGUAGUAAUCUAAUGUCAACUUAGAUCUGCUGUUGGGAGUUUAGGGCUGGAGAUAUGGCUAUUUCUAUCCCCAGGUUCUUCAAGAAUGGCCAUCAUUAAUUUCAACCAUGAGUAAAGAAGAAGCAAGACAAAUUCAAGAUCUUUUAGCUUACACUUUCCAAGGUUCAAUUUACUAUCCAACAUCAGUCGGAACGUUCGCAAAUGGGGCACUUAUGGCAAAACAAUCAAGUGAUGUUUAAGAACUAACAUCUUCAUCAGAACCAUCUGGAGGAUAAGCUGGAGGAUAAGGAGAACAAUAAGGACAAGGUUAGGGCUAAGGCUCACAAUCCUAAGUUAGUAGUCAAGCGUAGUUAAGUAGAAAAGAGUUAGAAUUUUGGAAUUUCCUUAAGAAGUAUGCUUACUGUGACUUCGAGCAGAAUACUAGACUCUACAGACAUGCCAAAAAGUUCCAGUUCUUUGAGGAUGUUUCCACUAGAUUUGACACUACAGAAACAGUUUUCUACUAAGCUGCAGUAUUGACUGAUAAUCAAGGUAAAUAUAGUGGAAGUUUCUACAUAAGCGAUUUGAUUACUCAGUUUAGAAUAUCUGCCAAUGCUUUUGACACAAGAGGAGUCUUCGGCUACAAAUACCUAGUGAUUAAUAGCAGAAGUAAUUUUUACAUUGAAUUCUAGCUACCUUCCCAGAUGUCAGUUGGAGAUGAACUAAUAAUCCCAGUCACCAUAUAUAACUACUACAACGAAACUCUAACUGUUAAUCUUUAUGCAAGCACUGAUGAAUCAGAAAGUCUGGGUGUUGUGUUUUUGGAUAACAACAACUCUGAAAUAAGAGUGAAUGUGACUACUGUCUAGAAUCAGGCUGUUUUCUACAUUAGAGUAAGAGCUUAAAAUUUCAGUGAGAAUACUUACGUCUAAAUCAGAGCAGUUAGUUUAGAUCCGCUAAACUUAGAAACUAUUAGCGACUCAAUAUUCAGAGAGACUUCAGUUGUAUCUCCAGGAGUCCAGUAGACUUAAUCUCAAGGAGGACUAGUUGGUCCAAAUUAGCCAGCUGAAUUUGAAGUCAUUUUGCCUGAGAGUAUGGUGCCUGGUACUUAAUCUUUCAUUGGAGAAGUGUACCCAUCUAGUUUCGUAGCACUUGUUAGAGGCAUCUUGAGACUAAUUGGCCUUCCAGGUCCAUGCUUUGAAUGUAUUUAUGGCCCAGUUUAUGCUAAUAUACUUGCUUAUUAAGCCUAUCUAAAGAAUACAGAUGCAGCUGAUGACAUUAGUAAUGUAACCAACUAAUUGGAAAUCUAUCAUAGAGAUAUUAAAACCUACAUCAGCAGCGAAGGGUAUGUUAGUUAGUUCAAAGGAGGAAGAGGGGAUGUGCUAUUAACUGCUUUUGCCCUAUUAGAAUUGAGAGAUGUUAACAAGAUCUUUGGCAAUGAAAAUUCUUCAAUUUAAACUUUAACUACUUGGUUGCUUGACCAGAGAGGUUUCAAUGGAACAUACGAGCUAAUAAGACCAAUAUACACAGUCUAUCCAUAGUAUGUAGUGGAAGCAUUCAUAGUUUACGCUCUAACUUCUGUAGGCAUUACAGAUAUUCAAGCUGAACUGCUUAGAUUGGAAGUUAUCGCUGCUGAUUAAAUGAAUCAGAUUGAUGCAGACAACUUCUUUAUUGGAUUAAUGGCAGCUAUUUACCAAAACUUGAAUAGAACAUAAGAAGCUGAGAAAUAUGCAGAUUACUUGGCAUCGCAAUAGAAUAGUGAUGGUAGUAUCAGAUAAAUAGUUAUUGCUGACAAUAAUUAGAUACCCAGAUAUGAUCAAGUGUUUGAAGCUACUGCUGUCGCAGUACUCGUAUGGGAGUAGAACUUCGAUAAGUACUCAGACAAUAUAGUGAGAGGUAUUGACUACCUUUUGAAAAAUAUUAGAUAUCGUUACUUCGGAGCAAAUAUAGGAAGUAUCUUAGCAAUAGAAGCCCUAAUAGGCUAUAUCAGUAAAGUGUAAGACAUCAAUGGGUAUGGAGACUUUGUAUUGUAUGUAGAUAACAACGAAGCUGACAGAGUGCCCUUCGAUGUAGAUACUAUCGAGCCUAUUAUUUUCAACAUUAAUUCAAUCUUGUACGAUAAUGAGACAUUCGUUCAAGGCAAUGAUAUAUAGUUUGAAAUUCUUGUUGCUAAUUUCGUAAAAACUGAGACUAGAAACUUAUCUGAAGGCAUUUAGGAAGCAGUUGAUGGACCACGAAACAUACCUACACCAGAUAGCAAUGGCUAGUCAUCAAAUCAAACACAAAACUAGUCUGGAGAUUUUAGAGUGUAGUACCAAAUGAGCGUAUCUUAUGACGAUACCAAUCCAACAUCAAGAGACAUUCCAUUCUUAACUUUUAAUGUAACACCGCUAUUUGAACUAGCUACUCUAGGCUAGCAGUAAUUAUAGGGUCAAGUUUUUAGUUACUAGAUAGUGAUAGGAAAUUCACAUGCAAAUGACUCAAUAGGUUUGACAAUAGUUGAUUUCAGACCCGCUUCUUGCUUAAGAGUCAACUUUGCACAGCUUGAAGCUCUUAAAGCCAAUAAUGUGAUUAGCUAAUAUGAGGUAUUGAACAACAAUUCAGAGAUUUUAUUGUAUUUCGAAGGAUUCCAGCCUCAAGAGAUAAAGCAAUUUUAACUUGACUUCUUGCAAGUAUACUCAGGCUACUGUCAACAAAGACCUAUUAAUGCUUACCAAUUUUACAGUCCAGAGGUAAAUGAGUGGAUUAUUAUUUGA